AAAGUAAAAAAAAAAUCGCAAAACUUGUUUUAUCUUCACCGUCUAGCAAAUGCGUCGGCGGCUGACGCUUUCUUUAACCUAAGGAAAAAAAAGCUCAACACUUAAACAUUAACAAACGCGCCUCCUUCUUCUCAAAAGGUUUAGGGUUUUACAGAGAGAGAGUUAGAGAGAAAUGGGGAAGAGCGAGAAGACAUCGUUGGGGCGAUCCCUAGUGAAACACCACAAUCACAUGAUUCAGGAAUCGAAAGAGAAAGGCACUUACUACAAGAAUCUCCAGAAGAAGGUUCUCGAAUCCGUAAUCGAGGUCAGCGACAUCGACGCCAUACUUGAGCAAGCUGAGGAGGCAGAGCGUCUUUUCACUAUUAAUCACAGCAACUCCACUCCUUUGCCUAUUAAUCUAGACGGCCAGUCUAGCUCAAGUAUCAUAGCAGCUGAAGAAUGGAGAGAGCAACAGAAGAUAGAGGAGGCUUUACACGCUAGCAGUCUUCAAGUUCCUCGAAGACCUCCGUGGACACCGGAAAUGUCAGUGGAAGAACUUGAUGCUAAUGAGAAACAAGCUUUUCUGAAUUGGCGCCGGAUGCUUGUGAGGCUGGAGGAAAACGAAAAGCUUGUGUUAACACCAUUUGAAAAGAACCUCGACAUCUGGAGGCAGCUCUGGCGUGUUCUUGAACGUAGUGAUUUGAUUGUUAUGGUUGUUGAUGCUAGAGAUCCACUGUUUUACCGUUGCCCUGAUCUUGAGGCAUAUGCUCGAGAAAUCGAUGAGCAUAAGAAAAUGAUGCUUCUAGUUAACAAGGCUGAUCUUUUACCUCCUCAUGUCAGGGAGAAAUGGGCAGAAUAUUUCCGCCAAAACGACAUUCUGUUCGUCUUCUGGUCAGCUAUAGCUGCUACAGCUGUCCUAGAAGGCAAAGUCUUAAAAGAGCAAUGGAGACAACCAGACAACUUUCAGAAGACAGAUGAUCCAGAAAUUGUGAUAUAUGGCAGAGACGAGCUGUUGAGCCGUUUACAGUCUGAGGCUCAAGAGAUUGUCAGAGCGAGAAACUCCAGAACUUCAUCAUCUACUGUUGAGUCUCAACGUGAGAAUGCUGUGGUUGGAUUUGUAGGGUACCCGAACGUAGGGAAGAGUUCUACAAUCAACGCAUUGGUUGGUCAGAAACGAACAGGAGUCACCUCUACUCCAGGAAAAACAAAGCACUUCCAGACAUUGAUCAUAUCUGAUGAGCUUAUGCUAUGUGAUUGUCCUGGUUUAGUCUUCCCUUCCUUCUCAAGCUCAAGAUACGAAAUGAUUACUUGUGGUGUACUUCCUAUUGAUAGGAUGACAGAGCACCGUGAAGCUAUUCAAGUGGUUGCUGACAAGGUCCCUCGCAAAGUCAUCGAGAGUGUCUACAACAUUACUCUUCCUAAACCCAAAACCUAUGAGCGUCAGUCUCGUCCACCUCUUGCUGCUGAGCUUCUAAGAGCUUACUGUGCUUCUCGUGGCUACGUUGCCUCUAGUGGACUACCUGAUGAAACGAAAGCAGCGAGGAUGAUUUUAAAAGAUUACAUUGGAGGUAAGCUGCCACAUUUUGCAAUGCCACCUGGGAUGGCAGAAGAGAAGAUAGAGGACACUACUCCAGGAGAUGUUGAAGGUUCAGAUUCUGAAGAUUCUAUCGUAGGAGAUGAUGAGAAAGAAGGUGAGCAAGUUCCUGGUAUUGAUGACGUGCUAGAUGAUCUGACCUCGUUUGAUCUGGCAAACGGGCUAGCUUCUUCCAAGAAAGUGACUGUGAAAAAGGAAACGGCUUCACAUAAACAGCACAAGAAGCCACAGAGGAAAAAGGAUAGGAACUGGAGAGUUAAAAACACAGAGGAUGGAGAUGGAAUGCCUGUGGUUAGAGUUUUCCAGAAACCGGCUAACACAGGGCCUCUCACGAUGCGGUGAUCUCACCAAAUUGUAUGAGAUACAGAUGGUGUAUUGUCAAACGAAGAUACUACAAAGUUUUUUUGUUUUCAAUAUGUAAUAACAGUUGAACCUGUCACAGUUCUUGUUUUCAAUAUGUUUUUUUUGUUUCCAUGUUUUAAGUCUUACUUGGUGAAAAAGAGAGAUGGUAGAGUGACAUUUGAAAUCUGGCUUUAGUUUUAUUUGUUAAUCAUAGCAUCAUAACUAUAUCAGAG